AGCUUAGGUCCCUGUACCGGAACGCGGGACCCUAGCUGCCGUUGUGGGCAGCAUCCAUGAAGCUUGUCGUUAUCAACAUCUACAAAGACUGACAGUCGUUACCCUGCAAACCCCUUGUUGAACCAAGCCUUUUCGAAAUGGAAUCUUGGGCUUAGAAGUAAACAUUGGGCCAUGUUCGCUCGCUCGAUCAUGUUCAGGCACGGCGUGAGGGCCCUCUGUCGCCGUCCCAGGACGUUGGCACGGUCUCUGCCACCGUUGGGCCUGCGUAGCUUCACGGCACCCACACUCAACUGCCGCCAAGAACAGCAGCAGGAGCAGCAACAUCACCAACAAGGACAGCAACAACAACAACAACAACAACAACAACAACAACAUCAACAUCAACAACCGGGCGCUCAGGAGAGAAAGUGGUCAACACCACUGGCCGAGCAGCUGGCUGCCGCCAUCUCGGCUACAGGGCCGGUCCCGCUUGCGAGUUUCAUGCGCAUGUGCCUGACAUCGGACCUGGGUGGCUACUACACGGGUGCCCUCGAGGACGGCCGAGACCAGUUCGGUGUCAAGGGCGACUUCGUCACGUCGCCCGAAGUUUCCCAGGUAUUUGGCGAGCUUAUCGCCAUCUGGUUCGUUGCCGAAUGGAUGUCUCAGGGCCGCCCUGCCCGUGGCGUUGAGCUCAUCGAGCUCGGCCCGGGCAGGGGCACUCUAAUGGACGACAUGCUUCGGACGCUGCGUAGAUUCGGGAACAUGGCCCAAACCAUUGAUGCCGUCUACAUGGUCGAGGCCAGCCCUGAGCUGAGAAUGUCUCAGAAGAACCUGCUCUGCGGAGAAGAUGCGCCCAUGGCGGAGUCCAAGGUUGGCUACCACAGCGUCUGCAAGCAUAUGGUGAUCCCAAUCGUCUGGACAGAGACUGUCAAAUCAAUCCCCUACGACGCCACAAAAACUCCCUUCAUCGUGGCGCACGAGUUCUUUGAUGCGCUGCCCAUCCACGCCUUCCUCAACAGGCCAGUCGCGUCUCCUCGCGAGCCUUCUGACGCGCCCGCCGACAAGCCUGGCAAGCCAGCGCUUGAGUGGCGUGAGAUGAUGGUAUCUCCAUCCCCUCCGGGGUCGACGCACGACAGCCUCAACACACCCAUGAGCCUGCGCGGGAAUACGCCACCGCCAGACUUCCAGAUGACACUGUCUCCCGUGGCAACGCGGCACUCGCGAUACCUUCCCGAGUCAUCCCCGCGGCUAAGGGCGUUGAAGCAAAUACCGGGUGCACUGAUUGAAGUGUGCCCGGACGCGGCGCUAUAUGCCUCAGACAUAGCACUGCGCAUCGGCGGCUCGGUCAAGCAUCCCAAGGAUCGCCCUAGCGGUGCGGCGCUCAUUCUCGACUACGGCCCGGGGGACGGCACAGUGCCCAUAAACUCGCUUCGUGGCAUUCGCCGGCACCGGCGCAUCAGCCCCUUCGUUGAGCCUGGCCUCACGGAUCUGAGCGUUGACGUAGAUUUUACUGCUAUAGCCGAGGCGGCCACACGAGCCAGCGAGGGUGUCGAGGUACAUGGCCCCGUCGAGCAAGGAACUUUCCUGGAGACGAUGGGCAUCCGGGAGCGGGCCGAGGCAUUGGCCAAGGCUAUCGGGCCAGAUCAAGCCAAGGCCGCUGAUGUCGAACGUGCCUGGAAGAGGCUCGUUGACCGCAGCCCGAACGGCAUGGGCAGGAUAUACAAAGUCAUGGCUGUUUUGCCAGAGAACAAUGGAAACCGCCGCCCUGUCGGGUUCGGCGGCGAUGUGGCUGUGUAGCCCCUUUUCUCUGGAUGUAAGCAUGUGGCCUCUUUGGGUCCUUGUAUCAACGACGUCUGGUCUGAGCAACCGUCUCCCUAAAGUUCCUACCCUUGAGCUCUGCUGCUGGUUUACUCACAUGAACAAGGGCAAGCCCCAAGUGUUGCUCAUACGCAAUGCAUAUAAAUGUAUUGAGAUCACGUAUCGUAUAUCUCUAUCAGUAUGUGUUUGAAGAUGCUCGACCAGACUUCGCCAUUGGGAGAAGUUCCCACUGCAUUAUUUAUACACUGGCACUGCUCUUAGGCAUGCUUAUCUCCCAUCUGCCCGUACGUAUCUUCCCCUUCUUCGGUAUUCACUCUUAUUUCCCAUUGUGGCGGUAGCUUGAAGUC